UGCCGAUGCGGCAAAACAUCCGCAUUGACGCUCGUUCGGGUCCCAGUGAAGGGUCCAGAAAGUUUUGGAGAUUUUCUGUUCGAGCUGAGAAAAUAAAAACCACGGAGGGUUGUUUUCUAGACCAUGCCCCACAACGCCGACUUUCCUCCGGCUAAAAAAUUCAAGCCGGGGUCCGUCUUUUUCCGACAGGAGAAGAACAAACCUGGAAUGCUUCUUCCAAGAAAGGGAACAAACAACAAUAAAAAUGUAUCCAUUGAUGUCCAGAGGAAACAACUUCCAAUCCACCAGGCGAAACCUCAGCUCCUGAACCAGCUGAGACAGCUUCAAAAUGCUAUUUUAAUAGGUGAGACUGGCUCAGGUAAAACCACUCAGAUCCCUCAAUACCUUUAUGAGGCCGGCAUUGGGAGGCAGGGUCUGAUCGCCAUCACCCAGCCGCGUCGAGUUGCUGCCAUCUCUUUAGCAGGAAGAGUUGCUGAGGAGAAGAGGACUCAACUCGGGAAGCUGGUUGGCUACACGGUGCGCUUUGAGGAUGUCACCUCAUCUGAGACGAAGCUGAAGUUCAUGACGGAUGGGAUGCUCCUGCGCGAGGCCAUUGGAGACCCGAUGCUGCUGCGCUACACUGUGGUGGUCCUGGACGAAGCACACGAGCGCACUGUGCACACGGAUGUGCUGUUUGGUGUGGUGAAGGCUGCUCAGCGCCGGCGGAGGGAGUUAAACAAGGUUCCCCUGAAGGUCAUUGUGAUGUCAGCCACGAUGGAUGUGGAUUUGUUCUCUGAGUACUUUAACAAGUCUCCUGUGUUGUACCUGGAGGGCAGGCAGCACCCCAUUCAGAUCUACUACACCAAGCAGCCACAGUCGGACUAUCUGCAGGCUGCACUUGUUUCUGUCUUCCAGAUCCACCAGGAGGCUCCGCCGUCCCAUGACAUCUUAGUGUUCAUGACGGGCCAGGAGGAGAUCGAGGCUCUGGCGAGGACCUGUCGAGACAUCGCCAAGCAUCUUCCUGACGGCUGCGGCUCCAUGGUCGUCAUCCCUUUGUACGCCUCGCUGCCCCCUGCUCAGCAACUCAGGGUCUUCCAGCCGGCUGCCAAGGGUUGCAGGAAGGUCAUCCUCUCCACCAACAUCGCCGAGACAUCGGUCACCAUCUCUGGGAUUAAAUACGUCAUCGACACGGGGAUGGUGAAGGCCAAACGUUUCAAUCCUGAUAGCGGUUUGGAGGUGCUGGCGGUGCAGCGGGUCUCUAAGGCCCAGGCGUGGCAGCGAGCGGGCCGGGCCGGCAGGGAGGACUCGGGUUUCUGCUACCGUCUCUACACGGAGCAGGAGUUCGACAGCCUCAUCCCCAUGACUGUACCUGAGAUCCAGAGGUGUAACUUAGCCGGCGUGAUGCUGCAGCUCAUGGCUCUGGGGAUUCCUGAUGUGAUGAAUUUUGAUUUCAUGUCCAAGCCUUCUUCAGAGGCGAUCCGAUCUGCUGUUGAGCAUCUGGAGCUGCUGGGAGCUGUGGAGAAGAAGAAGGAGCAGGUUCUCCUCACUGCUCUGGGGAAGAAGAUGGCCAGCUUCCCUCUGGAGCCUAGAUAUGCAAAGACCAUCCUGCUGUCCCCGGACUACGCCUGCUCUGAGGAGAUCCUGAGCAUCGUGUCUCUGCUCUCGGUGGACAGCGUUCUGUACAACCCUCCAGCCCGUCGGGACGAGGUGCUCGCCGCACGCAAGAAGUUCACGUCCAGUGAGGGGGACCAUGUGACGUUGCUCAACAUCUACAGGGCGUUCAAGAAAGUCAGCGGUAACAAGGAGUGGUGCCGGGAGAACUUUGUCAACAGCAGGAACAUGAGUCUGGUGAAGGAGGUCCAGGCACAACUCCGAGAAAUCUUCCUGAAGCUGAACCUGAAGCUCGAGUCGUGUGGGUCCGACACGGGGCGCGUUCGCCGCUGCUUCGCUCACGGGAUGUUCCUCAACGCUGCAGAGCUGCAACUUGACGGCAGCUACUUGGCUCUGAACACCCACCAGCCUGUUGCCAUCCACCCCUCCUCUGUCCUUUUCCAGUCUAAACCAGCAUAUGUGGUCUUCAACGAGCUGCUGCACACCUCCCGCUGCUACAUGAGGGACCUUUGUCUGGUCGACGCAGACUGGCUGCUGGAUGCAGCGCCGGAAUACUUUGGCCGCAAGCUGCACAUCGCUAAGAGCUAACAGGAUUCCCUAAGCGUUCGGAGCCGAACGUUUUCUGUGUUGAAAACUUUGCCGGACUCUUCUACCUCCCAGAUGACGUGGAUCUGGCACGUGUCGCUAUUGUUCUGCAAAUCUGCACAGCAGGGUCCCACAACGUUGGCUUCCUCUUAACUUUUCUAGGCUCUUUUCUUUUGCCUGACAGGAAUUAAUCUAAUUACAUAGCUAUGUGGAAAAAAACUCAUUUAAAAUAGAUGUGCAUGUAGUUUAAUAACAUUCAAAACUUCACUGGAGCGCAGCAGAAGAGUUGAGUCAGAAUUAGCCUGAAAAUCCUUGUUGUUAAACAUUUAUACCAGGUAGUUCUGUUUCUUCUGCAGACUGUAGAUUCAUUAAAAUAAAAGGAAAAUACCAAAAUAAGUUAGUUUUUAGUAUUUCGCAUGCCACUAAGGUGUGAUUUUAUUAUAAAAGCUGACUACAACACUUGCUAUGUUAGCUUGUGCAUGCAGUUGAUUGUUUAGUUCUAAGUAGAGUGCAUGUUAGGAGGAAGGAUGUCUCAUGUCUCCUGCUGAACUAAUAUUUAACUAAACUCUCCACCCAGACAUUGACGCUGGCAGCUAAUGUAUAUAGUGCAUGAUUACAGUGUAUGAUCUGAUCACUUGGUACUCUCUAGAACAGUGGUUCCCAAACUUAUUUAGCCGCGCACCCCCUUCUAUUUCCCGACCAUGUCGACGCACCCCCCAGCCCCACAUCAGGGCAUGGAUAUACAUAUAUAUAUAUAUAUAUAUGUAUAUAUGUAU